AUGGACACUGAGACCUUCGGAAAGUGGGAGGUGGGGUUGUUGUCAUUCAAGGAUGUGGCCAUAGAAUUCUCUCCAGACGAGUGGGCAUGCCUAAACUCCCCUCAGCGAAUAUUGUACAGGACUGUGAUGUUAGAGAACCAUAGAAACCUGGUUUUUCUGGGACUUUCUGUCUCUAAGCCAGACCUUAUUACAUGUCUGGAGCAAAGGAAAGAGCCCUGGAAUGUGAAGAGACAUGGCACAUUAGCAAAAUUUCCAGCUGUGACUUCUCAUUACACUGAAGGACUUUUGCCAGAGAAGAGCAUAGAAGACUCACUUGCAAAGGUGCCAAUGGGAAAAUAUGGUAAAUAUGUCUUUAAGAACUUAUGCUUACAAAAAUCUUGGGUAAGUGUGCAUGAAUGAAGGUGAAGGGCAAAUAC